GGCAUAUACUUUCUCCUAUAAAUGGUAACAUAUGCACUUUGCAUCACCCUGUUUUCUCACUGGACAGAACAUCUUGGAGAUCAUUCCACACUGGUACGCACAGGGCUGACUCACUCUUUUGAUUGAUGCAGAAUAUUUCACUGUAGGAAUGAAGCAUAUGUAAUGAACAGUCCACUACGAAUGGACCUUUAGGUUGUUUCCCGUAUUUUACUAUUCCAACAAUGCCACAAUGAAGAGCCUUUGGCAGACAGCAUUUUGCACAUGUGUGAAUACAUCUGUAAGAUAAACAUAAGCCUGUAGCACCUGGUAUUUCCAGGCAGUCUCCCAUAUACGCCCUAACCAGGCUUAGUUUCGAAGAUCAGAUGCAUUCAGGAUGGUACGGUUAAUUUUUUAAUGGAGAAUUAGUUGUAUUCUUAUGGCUUCUGGGUUUCACACACAUAGUAUAUCAGUUAUUGAUUGCUGCAUAAAGAAUUACUCCAAAAUUGAACGGCUGAGAGCAACAGCAGUAAGUGCAUUAUCAUCUCUUAUGGAUCCGGGGUUGACUGGGCUCUGGGCUCAGCCAGUGAUUAUCCUAAAGGCUCUUUCGUGCGGUUGUAGCUGUAGUCACAUAGGAGUUGGCCUGGAGUCAUCGGAAGGCUUCCUCACUCAUACCUCUGGUCAUUGACGGUGGCUGUCAGCUGGGCCCCCGGCUGUGCUGUUGGCCUGAACACCUACACAUGACCUCUCUGUGUGUCCUGGACUUCCUCACAGCCUGGAACCUGGGUUCCUACCCUGGGCCAACCCAAGAGACAGAAAAAGUGGGGGUUUCAGUCUCUUAAGGCCUGAGCCUGCGGAAACAGGACCCUGAGCGUGUAGAGAAACCAGGCGUCCCAUGAGGCCUUGGACAAGAUACUGCUCCCUCUCCCCCGGGGCCCUGAUUCCCCAGUGGCACGAGGCACACACCCCCUGCCACCCCCCCCACACAAGGACACUAUGUCCGGUCACUGUGACUGUCACUCCCCGAGCACGCGCAGUCACAGCCCAGCCGCAACCGCGCACUCCCGCAGGCGAAGCCACACCCGCCUGCGCACGUCGCGCGGCGUUUCUCCCGCCCACUGCAGCCUGGCCCCGCCCCGGCCCAGGUCCAUUCCAGGAUCAGAUUCCGUCCAGCCAGGUGUGAGUCGGCGGAUGAGACCGGUGCUGCUCAUGAAGGUGUUCGUCACCCGCAGGAUACCCCCCGAGGGCAGGGCCGCGCUCGCCCGGGCGGCAGACUGUGAGGUGGAGCAGUGGGACUCGGAUGAGCCCAUCCCCGUCAAGGAGCUGGAGCGAGGUGUGGCGGGGGCCCACGGCCUGCUCUGCCUCCUCUCCGACCUUGUGGACAAGAGGAUCCUGGAUGCUGCAGGGGCCAAUCUCAAAGUCAUCAGCACCCUGUCCGUGGGCGUCGACCACUUGGCUUUGGAUGAAAUCAAGAAGCGUGGGAUCCGAGUUGGCUAUACCCCAGAUGUCCUGACAGAUACCACCGCCGAACUUGCAGUCUCCCUGCUACUUACCACUUGCCGCCGGUUGCCGGAGGCCAUCGAAGAAGUGAAGAAUGGUGGCUGGACCUCGUGGAAGCCCCUCUGGCUGUGUGGCUAUGGACUCACGCAGAGCACUGUCGGCAUCGUCGGGCUGGGGCGCAUAGGCCAGGCCAUUGCUCGGCGUCUGAAACCAUUUGGCGUCCAGAGAUUUCUAUACACGGGGCGCCAGCCCAGGCCUGAGGAAGCAGCGGAAUUCCAGGCAGAGUUUGUGUCUACCCCUGAGCUGGCUGCCCAGUCUGAUUUCAUCGUUGUGGCCUGCUCCUUAACGCCUGCAACCAAGGGACUCUGCAACAAGGACUUCUUCCAGAAGAUGAAGGAAACAGCUGUGUUCGUCAACAUCAGCAGGGGCGACGUUGUAAACCAGGACGACCUGUACCAGGCCUUGGCCAGUGGUCAGAUUGCAGCUGCUGGACUGGAUGUGACGACCCCAGAACCACUGCCUACAAACCACCCUCUCCUGACCCUGAAGAACUGUGUGAUCCUGCCCCACAUUGGCAGUGCCACCCACAGAACCCGCAACACCAUGUCCAUGUUGGCAGCUAAUAACCUGUUGGCUGGCCUGAGAGGGGAGCCGAUGCCCAGUGAACUCAUGCUGUAGCCAAACAGUAGAGAUGGAGGGCCGGGAAGCAAACCGUACCCCGGUAUUCUGUCAGACGCACCCAGGCUUGAUUUGGAUCCACAGGCACAGCCAAGGGAAAGUCUGAUUCUCUGAGGAAAGAGUGAUUCUGAUAGAUGUACUUGUCACAUUGGUGGCUGGACACACUUGAGCCAAAAGUGUGUAAUUCUAUUAUUAAAUAAUUCUCUGAGAGAC